AUGUUUCUGCUUAGACGUAUAUUGCAAAAAUUUGCAGCAAGUUCUACUAGAUCACUUCAUACUGAAAAUAAGAGUUUAGAAUGGUUUAAAGACCCUAACAACUUGAAACAAAUCAAAGCUGCCAGUAAGGUAACUGGUCUUAUUGGUGUGGGUGGGUUGACCGUGUAUUGUGCUAGGUAUAUGGCCAGAAAAGAAGUUCAAAAUGAAUUGAAAGCCCUGGAAGCUAGAUUGGAAACUCAUUUCACUGGAUUGGAGACUCGUUUCACUGGAUUGGAGACUCGUUUUGCUGGAUUGGAGACUCGUUUUGCUGGAUUGGAAACUCGUUUUGCUGAAUUGGAAACUCGUUUUGCUGGAUUGGAAACUCGUUUUGCUGGAUUGGAAACUCAUUUUGCUGGAUUGGAAACUCAUUUUGCUGAAUUGGAAACCCAUUUUGCUGGAUUAGAAACUCAUUUUACUGGAUUGGAAAAUUGA